GCGGUGGGAGCGGAAAGUGAUACAGUGUAAGCAAGUGGUGGAAGUGUCCAUUGUGUGCGCCUUCUCCGCGGAUACCGGAGCUCUCCCGGGGUGCUGCGCCGCUACAACAUGUGUCGGCUCGGGCUGUGAGGAGAGCGGACCCGGAGGAAUGACCGGCUCCCUGGUCACACUUGUUGCUGGAUAAGCAGGAGAUACUGUGUCCUGUGUCAUGAAGCUUUAUCCAACACAAGCUCCAUUAUAUGGUGACUGUGUCCUUACAGUGAGCCUCACCGAGCAGAGAGAGCUGGAAGACGAUGCUGUGUUCUACCUGCUGUUUGCUGGCUCGACUCUGAAGCAUUUAGCAAGCACUCGGAAAAUAGACUCUGCAACCCUAGAGACAGUCACCCCAGGUCAUGACUGCUGUGAGCAAGUGAAAGUCCUAUUGUUUGCUUCCAAGAAAGGUCUGUCUGCUAUAGUAGCCCAGGAGGACUUUAAGUUCAUCAAAGACGAAGCGUAUGAAUCUGCUCAGUUUUUAGUAUCCAGCGUUGGCAACCAGCAAGCUCUGCUAUUUGCUAAAUUCUUUUUGAGUAAAUCAAGAUCAUCUCCUUGGGAUGCAGCCGGACUGGAUAAGAAGAUCACGUUGGCUUUUCGACACUUACAGCUACCAAGUGGAUGGAAUGUUUUGGGAGAAUGCCCAAGUAGAACAGAUGGACCUGGGCAGGAGACAUUGAUGCACUUUGCUGCAAGGCUUGGCCUCUGUGCACUGUCAAAGUUUCUCUUGGAACAGCCAGGAGGGAGAACAUCGUUGGCCAUUGCCAAUAGUGAAGGAGCUACGCCUGUAACCCUGGCUCUGGAACGAGGAUUUCUGGAGUUACACCACCUGUUAACAGACGUGGAUCCCCAAAGAAUAGUCCUUGAUAUUGAUGAUUCUCAUGUUGAGCAUUCUGGCGACUUUUGGGUACAACACCAUCAUGGACUAAAUGUUUACACAUUGACUAAGAAAUCCCAAUUGGGGGCUCAUGAUAACAUGGAGAACAGUAUUAAGGAGCUAAGUGACUACAUUCAGAGUCAUUCUCCGUGUCCGGGCACAAAUAUGAAAAUCCAGCUGGAAGUGUCUGCAGAGGAAUCUGAUGCAUGUCACCAGGGUGUCACGGCAUCUGCUAACCCUGUGGGCUCACAAGCAAGUAUUGGAGUGUUGCAAGGAGAGAAUGAAGGUGCCAAGCCCUGCAGUAAAUCUGACAAUGCAGUGGAAACUGUGGGUGGAGGCAUUGUAAGUUCUACUCAAGAUGUUUACCCCAAAGAGGAAGAGGAGGAGACCAAAUGUAUUGUAAAGGCAGAAAAUACAUCAGUUACAAACCAACACGUACCAAGCUAUUCAGCUGAGGUACCAGCUGCUGAGAAUCUUCUCUCCGGUGGAAACACAAAUGAGGAAACUGGAAUGACUUCAACUGGAACUGAUUUGGACCCGAAAGCCUUGUGCAAAAGUGGUAUCGUAGGUGAGGAAAUGAAAGCUGAACCAGAAAGAGACUCUUCAAAUUUAGCUUCACACACAGUCACCGACCAAGAUGUCAAUGUAAACAUGGGGCAGUCAGUGUCUAGCUAUUGUACUGGUGCAUCAGGCGCCACCGACACAGUCUGUCAGUCUGGGAGUAGUGAACAGGAAGCAGUCUCCGUAUGUAAAGACGGUCAGUCAAGUAAUGUUUCUGGUGACCUCCUAAGCCAGGGAGAGCCACUUACUUGCUUAGCAUCUGAAACAGGACCCUUACAUGAUGCCCAAGGGAUCAAUGUUUUAGAUUGCAGCCAGACUUGUGACCCUAAGAAAGAAAAGAGCAAGGCAGCUUUACAAAGCAGAACUUUGGACCAGUUUGCUCAUAGUCUAGUCCUGUCUGUUGUGGAUGGAGUCCUAGCUAUGAGAACUGACCAUCCUAAAGAUGGAGCAUUAGACCUUAACAGUGGGAAAGAUGUUGAAACAAUAGCUGAGAAGCUGACUGCUUCAAUAAUAAGUGCAAGCUUGGUAGAGCUCGAAGUUACAUCUAGUGCGAAAGCAAUGGUUACUCAUACAGACAAUAUGCCUAGUACACUGUCAGAGGAAGUGCUGUCAGGGUCUGUGGUGAAAGACUUCAUAGCACGUGAUGGUGCUCAUACACAGGAGGAUACAGAGGUUCCUGUUGCUAAACUUCACAGCAAGAUUGGAGAAAAUACAGCUCCUGAAAUACUAUUGAGCUGUUCUGAACCUUCACUAUCUCAGGAGUCUCUUGCUUUGUCUAAUAAGUCAGUAUCUGUUAAGGAACAGAAUAUCCAGUCUGUAGAGUCCAGUUCUGAUCUACAGAAUGUUUUAGAAGUGGCAAAUGCAGCAACAUCUGUCCCGAAAGAGAUUGAGGAGCAACUGAAUGUAGUUAGGACUGAAAAACAGGAAACACCGCCACCUGCUGCACCGACCACAUUACUGCAAGAAGAUGAGGUAUUGCCAUGUGCUAAAAGCGAGCUCCACAAAGACUCUGACACUCCCUCUCUCUUUAAUAAUUAUGAAUGCCUGAAUAACCAGGAAGUGUUAACAGUGGAUUCAGUUCUUAUUGAUGUGAGCAGUGAAAUGCAGGAGGCUGCCGUGACGGCUGCCAGUGAACCCAGCACUGAUCACGGACAGCUCACCUGUGAACAUGACCAGGGAGAUGGGGAUCUCUGUACAAAGCUAUGUGAGAAGGGUACUGAACGUGUAGAGGAGGACACUGGCAUUUUACUACUUUUAGAUCAGAGUGCGGAUUACAAGCUAACUUCAGAGGAUAGAAAUGCAGGUGAGAAAGAAGCCAAGGAAGUUGUGAAGGAGGCAGGUGUAGAAUAUGAAGGAGGUGAGGAUGAUUCUGUGCUGGUAGAAUCCCCAAGAGCAUCUCUUCACCCUAUAGCAGAGGAGACUUUACUUAAUGGCGAGUUCACCUCAGACACGACAUCUACAGACCGUGAUGAUGCCGCCUCCUCUGAUGUCAGCGAUUCCAAAAAGUCUGUAGGUGCGGAGGAAGAGAAAACUGAUGUAUACUCCCAGGCAACGGAUUGCUUAUCUGAUGAAGAGGCUGUGGCUGAGGAGACUUCACUGAUAUGUUCUAAUGGAGAUAUAUGCAUGGCGGAGGGCAGACCAGUGCAAGAAGUCCUUGUGAAUGAAGUUGUUCAAUCGUUCAACAUCCAGUCAUUCCAGGAUGAAGAGAAUUAUGGGAAGGGUCUAUGUGCAAGUCCUCACAUCUUUAAAGAAGACGACUCUGGGUUGGAUUUAUCUGUGAACUUGGAGGAUACUCUGUGCCUUAGCAUAUCGGACACAGAAAUAGUCUCUGCGGAAUGUCUUGAUAGUAAAGAUGAUGAUGAAGUGGAUUUUGGCAAACUACAGCUAAGCCCCAGAACAAAAGUGAUUAAAGAAAAUUGCUGUUCCCUAACCCCAUGUCCACAUCCUGUGGUUCUUGCAUCAAAGCCAGCAAAUGACACCAAAGAAUGCAGACAGUUUCUGGAGGACUCACUCAAUGCAGAACAUUCAUCUCCACUCACACUGAAAAGGGAUCAGGCAAGUGAUUCUGAUCUGAGCUACAUGCCCCCUGAGGUACUGGAUGAAAUGAUCUUCACAAAGCUUGAAGAUGAGCAAUCCAUAAACACUGCCAGCUCUGGUUCAGAGGACACUUUAUCCCUAGACAGAAACUCUUCCCAUGGAAGUGAUAUUUCCCUUCCCCAUGCCUUAACUGAAAGGAAGCACAUAGACUUGCAAGGUAGCACCAUGGCUGGAUCUGGAAAGAUAAUGGUGCCUGAGAAGACUGGAAUGACGGAGACUGCGGGAGAGGAGAAGGACAACAUUACAGGAGUGUCUCCACACACCGUGCAAUCCAGGAGCACAGUCCGCUCUCUUUCUCCUUCCAGAAGGCAUAGCUGGGAGCCUGGAAAGAACAAAGGCAAUAAUGCUGAAAUUGGCCAAAGAAGUUGCAGUUUGGAGGGCCUCAGUGGUAUUGAAAGAAAACCGAGGGCCGCUCAGAAGUCCUCUUCUGGCAAAAACAGGCUCUCAGGAUCACCGUUCAGGGGAGAGGAUCAUGGAUCAUUAACAUCAUUGACAGAAGAGGAGCGACUGCCUGAUAAUGGAACUGACGGAAUUUCCAAACAUGGGCAGUCAUCUGGCAAUGCUGACGGCUCUGGCUCAGAGGACAAUUCUCUAGAAAGGAACUCUUCCCACGGAAGUGAUGUCUCUUUUUCUCAUACUUUAAGUGAAAGAAAGGACAGUAACCCAUUAAACUCUUCUGUUGGGGACAGAGAAAACGAGAAGAUGGGUAUAUCAGAGAAUGAAGGGGAGGAGAUGGACAGCAUUACAGAAGUGUCUCCACAUGCUCUUCGCUCCAGGAGCACCAUCCGCUCUUUGUCUCCUUUUAGAAGACAUAGCUGGGAACCUGGGAAGCACAAGAAUAAUAAUGCUGAAAUCAACCGCAGAAGUUCAUUGCGAGUUCUGGGGGAUGUUAUAAAGAAGCCAGCUACUCAUAGAAGAAGUAUGAGCUGGUGUCCCUCAGAUGCACAAUUCACUUCUAUAGGUGGUGACUUUAAUUAUAGAAGUUACAGCUUGGAAGGCCUGGCUGAGAACAACCCACCUGCUGCUAAUGACUCUUUUGUUACGAGAAAACUAACUGGAGCACUGUACAAAGGGGAGGAUCAUGGGUCCUUGACAUCCUUGACAGAAGAAGAACAAGAGUCCGAUCAAAGGAUUGGCAGAACCUCCCAUCAUGUGGCCAAUGAAAGAAGUGAAGAUCAUGACUUGGUUUACUCUGGAUCACUUGGUACUUCUCGUCUGUCAAAGUCAAUGUCGCUAUCAGCAAUAGCCAACCCACUUAUAGAAGUCCAGGGUCGGAUACAACCAAAGAGGCGAAUAUCCUUCUCCUUCAGCAUCUCUCCGCUUAUACCUAAGUCUAAACAUGUCUUUUCUAUUGGCACCUCGUCCAGUGAUGACGAGUCAGAUAGCUCACGGCCCAUAAAUAUCGGCAGCAGCUCUUUGACACAUAGCAUAUCCGAGGAAUGUAACAACCAGUUACCACCGAGCCCCUCUCAGAAGGACCUAGAGGGCAAAGGUGUGACUAAAGUCAGCCGCACAUUCAGCUACAUCAGGAAUAAGAUGUCCAGUGGUAAGAAGACAAAGGAAAAAGACAAGGAUAAAGCAAAAGAUAAAGAAAAAGAGCCUAGUGAAAAAAGCAAAGAGAAGCACAAAAGCAAUGGGCAUAUAUUUGUCACAGGAACUACAAUGGAUACCCUAACAUGCAAAAGCUGCGACAAACCUUUCACCAAAAAAUCUUGCUAUGUGUGUCAAGAAUGUGGCUUGGCUGUGCAUAGAGGCUGCAGGGACACCAUAGAUCCCUGUCCAAAGAUCAAGGAAGAAAAGGUGGUACAACCUCAGGGUACGGUCCCUCAAGCUGUGGUCAUGAGAAAUAAAGGUUCCCAACCAAAGGAGCGGCCUCGCUCUGCAAUUGUGGUAGUAGAUGAAAAGUCUUUGCUGACGCUUGGCUUUAAUGCCAGAAGACCGCAAACUGCCCUGGCCAUAUCCAAGAGUAUCUCUACCCAAAAUUUAUCAGGGCUAGGACGUGAUGACAAUCUUUUGAGCAGCUUGAGGGCUUUGUCACAAUCUACAGACUCUUUGCAUAAAACCAGCAAAGUCAAUGAGUCUAUGGAGUCUCUCAGUGAUGAAGGCACUGAUCUGUAUGAGGGUCAGCUCUUGGGAGAGUUUGAGAUGGAUUCUAAGCAAUUGGAGAAAGCCUCUUGGAGCGAAGCAGUGGACAGCAUGUUUCUGAUGCAACAAAUGAAAGAAGUUGUGAAACGCCAGGAUGUUAUUUAUGAACUUAUGCAGACUGAAAUGCACCAUAUCCUCAGACUGAAGAUCAUGAGUGACAUCUACUGUCAGGGAAUGUCAUCUGAACUGCAGUACGAGCAGCAAGUCAUAGAGAAGAUCUUCCCAUGCAUGGAAGAUCUACUGAAUAUCCACACUCAGUUCUUCCAGCGAAUGUUGGAAAGAAAGAGGGAAUCGAUGGCUGAUAAAAGUGAGAAGAAUUUUGUCAUCAGAAGGAUUGGAGAUAUCUGCUCUAACCAGUUUUCUGGAGAAAAUGCAGAACGCAUGAUUAAAACGUAUGGUAAAUUCUGUGGCCACCACAAGGAAGCGUUGGACUACUUCAAGGACCUGCUGUCUAAAGACAAAAGGUUUCAGGCCUUUGUAAAGAAAAAGAGUAGCAGCCCCCUUGUAAGACGCAUGGGGAUUCCAGAAUGCUUGUUAUUGGUUACACAAAGGAUUACCAAGUAUCCAAUCAUUUUGGAGCGAAUUCUGCAUUAUACAGAUGAAAAUGAGAUGGAACAUCAGUCAGUAACCUAUGCCCUGGGCUUGUUAAAGGAAGUUGUGAAUGGAGUGAAUAACAAAGUAAAGAAUUACGAGAUGAAGAAGCGCCUCCAUGAGAUCUACAGUAAGACAGACAGCAAGUCCAUACAACGGAUGAAGAGUGGACAAAUGUUCGCCAAAGAGGAUCUAAAGAGAAGGAAAUUUGUUCGUGAUGGUCCUGUGUUCCUGAGGUCCAACCAAACCAGUAGAUCAAAAGAAGCGCUGGCUGUUCUGCUGUCUGAUGUGUUAGUCUUCCUCCAAGAAAAGGACCAGAAAUAUGUCUUUGCAUCACUGGAGCAAAAAUCAACAGUGAUUUCUUUGAAGAAUCUCAUAGUGCGGGAGGUAGCGCAUGAUGAGAAAGGGCUGUUCUUGAUCAGCAUGGUUGGAAAAAACCCUGAGUUAGUAGAAGUACUUGCAAGUACCAAGGAAGAGCGGAACAGCUGGAUCGGAACAAUCAAAGAGACAAUGCAGACAAUGGAGAAAGAUGAGGAUGAAGGUGUACAGAGUGAAUCUGAGGAAGAAAAAAGAAAUUGUGACGCAAAAGCCAAAGAACUGAAAGAGCAACUUCAGCAAAAAGAUGAUCAGAUUAUUGCCUUACUUGAAGAAAAAGAGAAGAUAUUUCAAUCCUUGGUGGACUUUAGUAGUCAUGAAAAGAAUUUUGCUAUGUCAGGAAGAAUUCUUUUUCGAGCUAACACAGAGGAAGCUCCACGAGGAGAGAGUUUAAUAAAAAGUGCAAUAAAAGAAGUUGAGACGCUUCAAGUACUGUUAAACCAGAAUCUAUGGAGCAGCAUAGUUCAGCAGGCUCCCUGUCCUGCAGACCUGGAGGCUGGAUUGGGCUCGGUUUCUCUACCUCGUAGAGCAGAAACUUUUGGAGGGUUUGACAGCCAUCAACUUAAUGCCUCUAAAAGUGGAGAGAGAGAUGAGGGAGAAGAUGCACAGGAUUUAAGGAGGACAGAAUCUGACAGCGUAUUGAAGAAGGGAGUGAGUCCCAGUGUUAUGCUUAAGAGAAAUGGGGAGCAUGUUCUUCAAACGGUCACCAAUCUUCACAAACUGUUGGGCAACUUGCAGGCUGUGGUGCUGCAGCAAGACACGUUUAUAGAGCAACAGAAGCUGAGGCUAAGUGAGAAGAAACCUCUAACCCGGACCACAUCAAAACCAAAGUCUUUGACUGAACAAGAAAAGGUGGAGCAACUUCUACAGGACAUUGUUAAUCUAGAAAAGCAGCAAACAGACCAACAGGUUCCACUUCAACAAGAAAAACUGACCCGGGGCCCCCCACUGCCUGACAACACAGAUUCUUUAAAAAGAUAUAAUUCUAUCGCACCAAAACAGGAGCCCUUGGACUCUAAACCCUCUGCUGUACCCAAAAAGGACACAUUGUCAAGGACAGAGAGUAAGCAAAAAGGAAAAAGCCACUUCAGUUUGCUUGGGAGCCAAGCUAACAAACCAGUGGAGGGCCCUGCCACCAAUCGCCUUUUUAACUUAUCAAAGACAAAGGAAAAAAAGGAGAAAAAGAAGAAGUCUAAAGGAAACCACUGUACUGAUACUGUUCACAUCGAGGGAGUGUCUCAGGAGGAAGAGAUCUUCUGCUGAUGAUAUUCCUAUGGAGGACAUCUGUACCUGCAGAAUACUGUACAUUCUCAUUCCCCACUGGGAUAUUGGCUACUAUAUACUGGAUACAGUACAAGUGAAGAAUCCCCUGCUCAUUUUAUUUACCAUGCGAAGGUUUGCAAUACUGCGUAUUUACUGCUCCCUGAAAAUCCCCAUAACACUCAUUCAAAAGCCUGCCAUGUUUUUGGAGCCUUUUGGAGAUUUAUGGGAGCAUAAUCAGAGGAAAGGUCACCAGAAGAAACGUUGUUAUAAACUCCUGAAUUGUAAUCUCCAAACACCACUGAGAAGGUAUCAGCUUGUAUAGUUUUGUAUCUGGUGCCCAGCUGUGAAUACUCGCUGCUACUUUCCUACCAAUAGUUUUGCGGUGAUUCAGCAUAGGAUUUUAUAUUUGUUGAGGAAUAGAUUAUUAAGGAAUAGAUAACUGGUUUGGCAGUAAGAGAUAUCAUCCUGAUCCUUAGUUUUCUUCACAUGCACAAGUCUGUCACAUGUCUUGAUUUUUGCCAGUAGAUGGCGCUGUAGGCUUCACAAAACUGCUAAUUCCAUCUAUGCCAAGCAUCUUUUGUGACCGCAGUAAAAUUCCACCCUUACACAUAUUCUUGUAUGUGAAUUUGCUCGCUAUUGUGGCUUUUGACACAAAUAACCCUGCUUUUUUUUCAUUAUUUUAUAGAAAAUAACCACUUAAGCAUAUUCCCAGCUUGAGCUAUUGCUUGCCUCUAUAUGGAUUAUUUUCUUGUCAAGUCAUAUUUUAAGUGUGUGUCUGUAGUGGAGCUCAUGUGCGAUGUGAUGGAACUCACGGCAACUAAUAAAUCAGUGAUGAGGAUUCUAGGGACCAAAUACAUUGUUUUUCUAAAUGUCCUUAGAGCAAGUCCUGUCCCUUAUUUCAUGCAGCCAUCUGUUCUUUACUGCAUCUUGAUAAGGCAGAAAAUGGGGAUCUAGUCUGGUGACUCUACAACUAACACAUUUACUUGUUUUUGUUUCUUUUUAAUAUUGUAGUAAGACUCAGACCCUUGCAAACCUUUUGCCUUCUCAUGGUAGAGUAGUUAACUGCAUAUGUUGGUCAUUGAUAUCAACUAGUGGACUUAGACAUGACCGCUCACCUUCUGCAAUGUCUAUUUGAUGAUUUGGAGUAAUUCACCAAUCAGUAACCACCAGGGCCUUUAGGUCCUGUUCACACAGCUAAUAACUCCUUGUUUUUUGGCAUUGACACUGAUACAAUUUCUAUGUCAAAAACCACAGUUUAAAUGUACGAAAAAAUAAGUAAAGUAAUGCAGUGUUUCCCAACCAGCAUGCCUCCAGCUGUUGCAAAACUACAACUCCCAGCAUGCUCGGACAGCCAUACUGGGCUUUGUAGUUUUGCAACAGCUGGAGGCACACUGGUUGGGAAACACUGCCUUAAUAUGAUGUGUGUUGUUUGUAUGGAUGUUAAAAAAAAAAAAAAUUACAAUGUAAUUUUUUUUUUUUUUACCCGCAACCACCUCCCCCAAAUCUUUAUGGCUUUUUUUUUAUUUUGUUUUACUAAAUAAAUAGAAAAUAAUUAUUAUAAGUUUAUUAGGAAUAAACAUACAGUAUAAAUAGGUGCUUUGAGUGUAAUUAACCCCUAACUCUGCUGGAGCUACCUGAUUGGCAGCUUUGUAGUAGAUUUAGGCCUUUAUCAUAGGCGACUUCUCCCAGUAAGGUACCACUAUGCACUUUACACAAGGCAUUUGCCAUAACGGCUGAAUAUCUUACCUAAGACAAUCAAAGUAAAAGGGAGGAGAGUCCUGUGGACUGUAUUUGCCAAUGCAGAAGGUGCACACUGUGUGACCGAAUCACUAAGGGAAGGGCUGUACUAUUUUUACCCCUUUAUGGUCUAUUCACACGUACAGUAUUCUGCACAGAUUUGAUGCGCAUGAUUUUCUGCUGCAGAUUUCAAUGUAAACUGAAUGACUGAACACAGCUUGAAAUCCUGUGCAUCAAAUCUGCGCAGAAUACUGCACGUGUGAAUAGACCCUUAAAGGGAAUAAUAGAAAUUACAUGCAGUUUAAUAGAAAUAGUGGAAGUUAUCUCCAGAAAUAAUAGAAACUGGAUUCAAUGAUAUGAGACCUUUUUUUUUUUUUUUUUCUUUUUUUCGUUCUUCACAUUUUGCAUGUAAACGUUCUGCAGCUAGAAGUGACUUUGUGUCUGUACAACCCUAUCCUAAUUCGACACUCAGGCUUAAUAAGAUGUUAUAGGCAACCCUGUAUGUGUGUGUGUAUAUAUGUGUGUAUAUAUAUAUAUAUAUAUCACAUACAUAUGAUUUAUCAUUAUAUGUAUGUCCAUAAUGGGGGCUGACAAGCAAAUCUUUCCCCACAGGGGCAACAGCUAAUGGGAUGGGCCUUUAUAAGUCAUGUGAUUUCUGACCUGGCUUCAUUUUUAAAACAAGCCAGUGGUCUCCAACCUCUGGUUCCCUAGCUGUCGCAAAACUACAACCCCCACCAUGGCAGAUGAAGUUUUGCAACAGCUGAAAACCACUUGGAUAAGGCAGACCCUUUCCCCCUAAAUCCUCCUAUAUUUGCAGAAUAUAAUUUAGGAUAUGACUAGCAUGCCCUAAACAUGUGACCGUACCUUAAAGACAGAAUAUUUACGUUCUAUGUGACUUAAGUUUGUAGCGCCAGAAUAUUGUCAUGUAUAGACAGUAGUGCGGACACAAAUCUACCAGACUACUGCUUUCCUAUUCAUUUUGUGCAGAAAGUGAACACUACAUUCACAUUCUACAGGGACUUUACCACUGGUUUGUCGCAUUUUUUUUAAUUUUUUUAUUUUUUUCAAUCGACCGGCCUAAUCCGGUUAAUAUUAGUAUUUCAUGCUAGUAUCUCUUAUGUUAGCCUGGGCCAUUAAAGAAUACUGUAGCCUAUUUGUGAUUAUAAUGUACAAAUUCUGUAAAUAAUAAAGGUUACAUUGAAAGCCAAAUAUCCCAGGUCACCGAAACUCUCCCAUCCUAUACGUUGUAUAUUAGUGCACAUUGUAUCUUUUCUUUCCAUUUUUGUGUUGUAAACAGUAUUGUCUAGUGUUUGGUGCACUCUGGCCAUAGCCUGGUAGUAAAGCAUGUGCCGUCUGUGGGAUUUACAUUGGGUAUAAAGCACCUUUCUUAAAGCUUUAAAUGCAUUUGACUUAUUGCUGCUUGAGACCUCACCCAAGUUGCUUUCUAAGAAAUAAGAGCACUUAUGUGUGUGUGUGGAGUGUGGUCUAAUAUCACAGAAAACUGUAUUAGAUGCCCUGUGCAACAAACGGGCAGCACAUGCCUAGAAAAACAAGAGACGUUUUCCUUGACUGCCAAGGUAACUGCAAUGCAAAUAAAAACUGUAUUAAAAGUGUAAAAGUUACAUUGUUACAAUUUAUUAUUGGUUAUUAAUGUUAGUACUUCUGUUUUCUUCAACAGAAUGUGUUUUUUUUUUUUUCUUUAAUAUGAAUCUAUAGCCAUGGCAUUCCUAUUCUACCUGGUCUGGACAUGUCCCCUGCAGGACAGGGCAGAUAUAAACACCACCUUUUCCAUACAGUUGUCUAUCUUCUGAUUCAUGCUUCUCUCUAUAGCUUAUUUUGCCUGACUGGAUGAAAUGGUUUGUCUCGAUAAGCUCUAAUAUCAUUGCAAGUAAUGAUAUUGAGGAAAAUAAAUUUCUAACAAGAUCUGGUAUCUUGUCUUUUUCUAGUAAUGAAUUCUGAACACUGGCCAAUAUAAGUGCAGUAAGGAACUUCAUUGUGGACCACGGUUUUAGGUCCGGUGGAAAACCGCAUACGGGGCAUAAAUGAGCCGACCGGAGUCAGCGUUGCGCUCCGUUCGGCUCAUUGAAAUGAAUUACAUAUGGGCGGCAUACGGCAGGGAUACAGGAGCGCCCAGUUUUAGCUCCACCCAUGCGGUCCCCCUAUGGCUGAAAACGUGAUGUGAAUCCAGCCUUAGCCAGAGAAAAGUUGAAACUUUUUGUGUAAGCCCCUGUUUGCGUAAAAGAUGCAAACUUUUUGCCCUUCUACAUUAGUAAUGCUUCUUUGUUUCUUGUUCUUUUAAGUAGGUCUUGUGCAGAAGGGGGUGUGGCCUAUUUACACGUCUAUUUUAAUACAAUAUACACUAGGGUAAAUUGUAGCUGAAAACUACACCAGCGCAUCCCUACAACUUAUCAGACAUAAGUUGUUUUAAAACCACCUGUUUCUAAACCACGCAUUAUAUAACGUUUGGAGUUCCUACAACCGUGUUGCUUAUGGCUGAAUUUAGAGUCAAAGAAUUGGAUUCACAAAGGGUAUGAAUUAAAUAUUUGGGAAGAUUUUUACUCAUCUAACCUAACUGUGCAAAUCAUGGUUUACAGAAUAUAGUCAGACCUGCGGAAUGUUGGUCAGUCUCUCCAUAUGAUUCGGUUUAGGUCAAUUCUGUUUUGUUACAAAUGAAAUGUAUAAAAAUGAUAACUUAAUAGAUAAGAAUAGGACAAAUUUUAGACAGUAAAUGACAUUCCAUUUCAUCCUGUCUGUACUUAAAUAUUAUCUCUGGGGUGUCAUGUAUUGUAUAGUACUAACAAUGACUGCACUAGAGGAAAGCCCGGGAUGCUCAGGAGGUUUAUAGUACCAUGUAUACCUCUGCUUUCUGUUCUAUCAAUGCCUGUACUGAGGUACAUGUAGGUGUCAUUAACAGAUCCCAGCACAGGGCUGCUCCUGAUGUGGGGGAAGCCAGCGGGCUGUGGGCUCUGUGCCGCCGCACUUCUCCCUUUGCGCUUUUCAGUGACGCAGGACUCUAUGCUAAACGCUAUUGUGUUGUUUUUCUAAAUGCUGUAUAAAUUUAAACAAAACAAAAGUUUAAUUAUUUUAUGUUCAUGUGUAAAUAAUGUAAAAAGUUAUAACUGUACAAGUCAUGACGUUUCUUGUAAUAUGCAAGUUUUCUUUGUAACUAGCUUUAAUUUAUCUCUUUUUCUUAGUUACCUGCUGUAAAGGCAAAUUUCUCUAAAUAAAUUUCAUUCUUUAUCUA